CCUCUCUUUGUGCAUAUACUUGACCAAAAAGAACUUGAAAAAGGAGAUGGUCCAAUUGGUUUAAUCUUGGCGCCGACAAGGGAAUUGUCUCAACAAAUUUAUAAUGAAGCUAAAAGAUUGGGAAAAGCUUAUAACAUUCGAGUUGUAUGUGCUUACGGUGGAGGCAAUAUGUAUGAACAAACUAAAGCCUGUGAAGAAGGAGCAGAAAUAAUUGUUGCUACUCCUGGCAGGUUAUUUUAUAUUUUUUUUAAAUGA